AUGACAGAAGAAGAGACAGCAAACAAAGUAAACUGUGCUGAGAAGUACACGAGAAUGAGAUAUAAGGGUGAUAUCAUUCUAUACAACAGGUAUGGCGUAAUAUACAACAAGAGACACGUGUCAAUAGCAUGCAGCAAAGUGGUGGCUUCUAAGGAUGGCAUAUACAUAAAUGUGGAAAAUGUAGUACACAAAACGAGAGACUUCAAGACGUAUUCCAAGGUGGGAAAUGGUGAACUACUUGGAGUGAGACGAAAUAUCGUAUACUAUUCGACGAAAGAGAGUGUGGAAUCAGAAAAUGAGGUAUUGUUGAAUUCACAGGUUGAAAUGGGAAAUUAUGGUAAAACAAGCUUAAACAGAGUAUUCAACUACGUUGUAAGAAACACAGGGAAUGAAAAUGAGAUACAAAUCAAAACAAGUAGAUUGCACUGGUACAGGAACAAACUGGUUGCAAUUGGAGAAUACACGGUGACAUUCAUGAAUGUGAUAAGUGGUGAAGCAGAGUGUAUUGAUCUGGAUGAGAUUGUUGGAUAUGAAUUCGUGAAGAACAUUAAGGAAUUCCUUAUGGUUGAUACACUGUGUGAGACAGUCUAUUUCUAUGGUAAACACAUGGUGAAGAACAUUCAGAACAUCAAAGAUGAGAAUUGGAUGAGUGAUUUGGAGAAGACCGUGACAAAGGGACACAAAAAUGAGAUCAUAGGGAAAAUAGAAAACAGGGAUUAUGCAAUAAGUGAGGUGUUGCAGAAUAGUGGAAUGGGGCUGUAUCGAAGCCAUAAGAAGUAUUCACUUAGUGUAAAUAAGCCAUGGACACCAACAGAGACAAAUUAUAGGUAUUUGAGAAGCAUCAAAAGCAAUAAGAAUCUGGCGUACAGAAUAAUCCAUGGCAAACCAAGUAGAAAGAGUAGGGUAGACAAGGAGUGUGAGAGAAUACUGGCAGAAUACGACAUCAAGAUACCAACGGACAUAAAUGACGACGAUAUGAUCAGAAACAAGGCAUAUUACAGGCGCAUUAUGAGCAAAAUGAUUCAGUUUAUUUUCGCAAAGAAGGAGACAAUUAAGCUUAAAACAAACAAACAAAAUCCAUUUAUUUCUGAGAAGCAUAAACCCACUCAAACCAAUACGCUACCAAACAUCAACAGUCAGCCAAUUGAAAUAGAACAUAGUGAUCGGUUUCUACUUGGAAUGUGCCUAGCAGACAAGAAGAUCUCCUGCCUUGAGACACAGGCAUUCAAAAUGGGACAGAUAUUCAUAAGUGCAGUAGCACAAGGCAUAGAUGCCAACAUGGCCAACAAACUACUGAAAUACAACACGAAAGAGAGUAUUUUGGCAGCAAGUGCUGUAGAUCGCAAACUUCUGAACAUCAAUUCGUUCCUAAACAAAGAUCUCCUUAUGCAGAGAGAUGAACCUGAUAGUGUUCGUGAAAUGUUUCUGAUCACUGCCCUUGGAAUCCACAAUUUCAACAGCAACGACUGUAAUGUAAUUCGUACACUGAACGACCUACUGAAUCGCAAAACCACCUUUCUGACACGUGAAUCAAUAUCACUUGCCUACAUUCUUGUCACCAACAAAUAUUACAACAGAUAUAAGGAAUAUGAUGAUACGCUUGUAGCAGUCAUUAUGGACAUAGGUCAAGUAGUAGACACUGGUGAAUUAGUAGACCAGAAAUUCAUCUGUCUAAGAAGCCUGAUUGAUUACAAUUGUAGAGAAUCUAAGUUCGAUAGAGAGGCCACUAUCUUCUACAAAUUACUUCUAGGGAAAAUAACAGGCAGUAAUUCAGUCAAUAACGAUAACCGAAAUAUUUUAUUGAAUCAGGCAGCCACCUCAUUUGGAAAUGGUAUUAUGAAUAAGACUGAUCAAAUUGAUCAAAUGUUUCAGGAAUUCAACGAAUUGGAUGAAUUGGCUGCAACUGACGCUAAUAAGGUCAAGGGAAUCAAUACAGCCAAAAUAUACGUAAUAGUUGGUCUCACAAUUAUGAUAUCACGAAACAGCUCACUUUGCACCAAACACAGAUUCAAAUUGAUCAGAAUUGUACGCCGUGAAAUACUGAAAACCAAGGAACUCAAAGAACUCCAAAGCUACCGCACCAAACACAAAUCAGAAUUAGAAACAGUCUACUGGUACGGAUACAGAAAUGGAAUAUUUCUGAAUAUCUGCCUGAAUAUGCUACUGAAUCAUCAGAAGAUUGGGCUCCCUGAGAAUCAGUCAGAAGAAUCCAUUCGUUCCACUAUCAAGGUGCUUAUUGCCGUCUUCUGGUACAAUGGAAAUGAUCACACUGCAUUCUGUACCACUGAUCUCUACAAGGUGCUUCUCAGUCGAAUUAUGAUCGAUAAGAAGUUCACCCCAUGCAACUACGUUGAUGAAUACAACUGUCUGAGCCACACUGAUCGCAUAUUCGUUAGUAGAAUUCUGAGUGAGUUCUAUUUUGAAUCAGAAUCCCCAAAUGAGGAAAUCAUUCGCAGAAUUCUCAGGUGA